AUGAAGUUAGUCAAGUCAAAGAUAUUGGUCAAACUACGCCAUGGUCAAUAUAAAGUUGAUAAUAUCCUUGAUUCUAUGAUACAACAGGAUAUGAAGAUUUGGAAACCUGGCCAGUUACUAUAUGACCCAAGAUUAGCGUGUAUCCUAUUUGGAAUUGGUGCAAUUUUGAACUUUAUAAUUGCUUCAUUUUUCCUAGUUUACUACAGAAAUCCAUUAUAUUAUGAAAUUAUAUCUGAUCCCAUUACUAAUUUGACGAAUAGCUUUGUUUUGAAUGUACCUAGGGACUUGCCAGGACCAGUAAAUGUAAACAUCUACUUUUCAAAUUUUUAUCAAAAUUUUCGCUCUUAUGUACAGAGUAGGCCUCCAGAAAUAUAUCCGGGUUUCUCAUGUGGACCUGCAACUACAAUCAACUACUUAAAAAAUAUUCGUGGAGAUACACUUGAUAAUUAUAUUGAUACUGAUAUGGAGAACUCAACUAUAAAUAUUGAUGGUGAAACUAUUUUAAAUCCAUGUGGAUUAACUUCUCUGAGCCUCUACAAUGAUGAAUUUACUAUAUCUAAUUUUGAUAGUGGAAAUGAAUCCAUAUCACUUCAAAUAGGAGAUAUUUCUAUUAAUAAUGACUUUACACUAUUUGCUAUACCAUAUAAUAAAAGUUUUUGGAUAAAUACGACUGAUCCUCAUUAUAGAAUAUGGAUGCAUAGUGCAUGGUUACCAAAUUUUAAGAUGGUAUGGGGACAAAUUAUAGAAGGACUGAGUACUGGAAAAUAUGUAUUUAAUAUGACAAAAAAUUAUUGGCCAGCAGAACACUUUAAUGCAGAAAAAAGGAUUGGAAUUGAGACAGUCUCACCUCUUGGUAGUAAAAACCUUGUUGCAAUAUACUUUUUUUUUUUUCUGGGGUCCUGGCUAACAUUAACAAUGCUAAUUAUCCUUAUUCAAGUAAUUUGGAUUUGUAAUAGAACAAAAUAG